AGUACACUCGAGGCUUGUUCGUUUCGCGUAUCGCGUCGAGCUUCUCCCUCUGCUCUGCUCGUCGUCGCGUUCUACUCGCACACGCGGAUACCGUUUGUACUAUCGACCUCGCGGUGCGUUUCUCGAUCCUCGGGUGCGUAGAUCGACACGGAUCGCGCGAGUUCCUCGCGACAGAUUGCUGCCACGAAGCUGUGAAAAGGAGGUUGAAACACGGGCUCUCGUCCUCCUUUCGAGUCGCGAAACGAUGAGCGAACCUGUGGUAAGCGAAGACCAGUCACGCUCAAGGGUGAACUCGACGAUGAAUCUUCGAUGAAGACGCAAUCUAGUUGCGAACCGACGCAUAGAAGUCUGAAUCGAUUGGCGCAGAGAUACAAGGGACAUAACGAGUGACGAUGCGCGUGAAAAGUUGACGACGCCAUGUGACGCGAGCAAACUGGAAUUCCUGUGCGACAGCAUUGCGCUGAUGUUGGAUUGUGCGACGCGCACGUCGUUCGAAUGGACCCUUUGCCACGGAUGACAGCUAGGAUGUUUAACAAGUGACAGUGCUCGAGAGUUGAACUGAAAAAGAACGACUCGAUCGUGAUUAAAUCGGUGAUUCGGUGACGAUUACUGCGAAGGGUAGAAAUUAGUAGUGAUGCCGUGAUGGGCUGCAGCUCGGGAUCGUUUCUCCUAACUACGCUCCUCGUGGGUGGAUUACUUUUAGUCAUCCUGCUCAGCGAGACAUCCCACGCAACACGUUUACGACAACGCUACGGCUCCACCGAAACGCCGAGAGGUGGGUACGUGAACGAGGCUGGUGUGUUCACCCUUCGAGGCAGACAGGAGGGUGGACGACGUGCCAGAAGAACCACGACAAGCACCACGAGCACAACGGCGUCCAGCUCGACGUUGAUUUCUCUGUCCGACGACGUGGCGCAGCCCGCGGCACUUUUAGCCCCCGAAGAGGACUUAUGGUCUACCAGUUCCUCCGCUACAACCAAUGUUCCAGUCUCCUUAGAUACAGCUGCCGCCGCGCAGUCAGAGCCACCCCUGGAACUAGUGGUGAAACCUCACAAACAGGUCGUACUACCAUGCGAGCUGGAAGGAAAUUACUCGAGGCUUCUGCUGCCCGGGGCCAGGAGCUACAGAGUGCAGCCAGCGACGUGGCUUCACGAGGGAAGUCCGGUGGAUAUGAUUACAAUCAACACGAGAACGGAGAUGAGUGGAACUGGACACAGAUAUAUUGGCGAUUCCAUCACAGCGGCGUUACAUAUAGAGAACGUUAGAUUAGAAGACGACGGUACAUGGGGGUGUACGUUGGAGGAUGACCACGGGAAAAUUCUCUCCGGCAGACCUGUGAAGCUCGUCGUUCUCGAGGCGCCCCGGGGGACGUAUCUGCUGAUAGAUGGGCGAAGGUUAGAUCCAGGAAACCAGUUCGUGCCGGUGAAGGAGGGCUCGGAGUUAACGUUGGAAUGUGCUGCCGAGGGUGGAAACCCACCGCCGGUUUUAGCAUGGGGAAUGACUCUGUCUCAGGCCACUUUGGAUGGUCCGGAGCAACCGCCGGACAAUCUGACCGUGUUGCCCUCGACGUCUGGCAGGCACAGUGGGGCCCACCUUAAGGUUCUAAGGGGGCAUCACAAUGCAACGAUCGCCUGUGUCGCGCGUCACGUCACACUAACGAUGCCUAUGAACGCCAGCAUACUCCUCGACGUACAAUAUACUCCGUCGUUCGCGAUAACGCGUUUACCCGGUUUUGGAAUUCCGGUCGUCGAGGGGAUGUCCGUCAGCCUGAAAUGCGAGGUGGACAGCAAUCCGGCCAGCACGCCGAUCUGGCAGCGGGACAAUGGACCGCCCGUCGAGCAGAGCGACGACGGAUGGCUGAACUUCACAAAAAUCACCCGCGCCGAGAGCGGCUGGUACAAAUGCUACACCAGACACAUGCUCGGAAUUUUCACCAGCAUCGGUUAUUUUCUCAACGUCCGCUACGAUCCAGACAUGGAAUCGGAAGCGGAAGCCUUGAACGGUGAAAAUACUGAUUCCCGGAAAAUGGAGGUCCAGAUCGGUGGCGCGGUGACAUUGGAGUGCGACGGUGGUUGUUGGGGACACGGUUCUGGAAUGGAUCCAGUGGGUGGGCCUGGACCACUGGCGCUGAGUCGGGUCGUCUAUCAGGAAGCUGGGGAGUAUCGAUGCGUCGCACCUGAUCGAAAAAUGCAGGACACGUGGCGAGCACAGUUGCCCUACCACAUCAAGGUCACUGGUCGACCUAUGGUUCAUCCACCUAGCCAGACGGUGACGGCGAAGGAGGGUGAACCUUUGAGCAUCGUCGCCGAAUUCUGUGCCGAGCCAAGAUACACCAAGGUCUUCUGGGUAUCCGAGGAAAACGUCUACGUGCCUGGUACGCCGACCAGAGACGGGGUUCGAGCCUUGGCUAUCGAGGACGGCGGCACGGAGUCCUGUUACAGGGCGGUCCUGAGCUUCGACACGAUCCAAUGGUCGCACGCCGGCGAAUGGUUGCUGCUGGUACGCUCGUCGGAAGGGAUCACGGACGCUUCCGUUCUGUUGAACGUGACACGAGCCUCCGAGUAUAGUCACGCUCACUUCCGGUCAGCGAGCCUCGCCUGCCUGUCGCUUUGUCUGGCUCUGAUCAUCCUGCAGAAUCACCGUCGCUGAGGACCGAGGCUACAGCUUGCUCGACGAACGCUCUUUCACGGAACGAACAAGAGGAUCGA